AUGUCAUUAGCGUAUCUAAGUCAACAAACAACUAUCUAUGUAGGACUGUUUCUCAUUGUUACGGGUGUCAUAGGAAACAGUUUAAAUGUCUUCGUGUUUUCAACUGUUCGUUUGUAUCGAAGAAAUCCUUGUACGUUUUAUUUCCUAAUCCGUUCGAUUGACAACAUUGGUUUCAUUCUGGUUAAUCUGACCGUACGGAUUAUUAGUGUUGGCUAUGGAUAUGAUCUGACUCGUACGUCUGUUGUUUGGUGUAAAAUUCGACAAUAUAUCCUGCUUAUUCUUGGUUUAAUUUCAUUUAUGUUAUCGUGCUUAGCUGUCAUCGAUCAAUUCCUCGCAACGUCAAGAAAUGCUAAUUUACGUCGUGUGAGCAACAUAUCGUGGGCACACCGAAUUGUAUGUCUAGUGCUGAUUUUCUGUUGUUUGUAUGGAAUACCUGCUCUUAUAUUCGUUGAUAUUUCACCGAGUCUCAAACUCUGCAUGAUUGCCAACGCUAACUACGCAAUUUAUAUUUCAAUACAUGUUCUCAGUUUUACUUGCAUUAUUCCAGUGUUGGUAACGGUUAUUUUUGGAUAUUUGACAUAUCGUUCCAUCCAUUCGACACGAGCCCUUGUAGAGCAGCAAGUUGAUCGACAGUUAGUGCGUAUGGUCUUCUCUGAAGUUGCAAUUAUCGUUGUAUCCAUUACUCCAUAUGGCGUCAACACAGUUUAUAGUUUAAUCACAAGUCGUAUGGCAAAGGACACAAAUCAGUUGUCUAUAGAAUCAUUCGUCUCGACAAUUACCAGUUUGUUAUGCUAUUUUUAUUACACAGUAUGUUGA